GAGCAUCGUUCACUGUACAUCAACGCGGAGUUAUAUUGUCUCAUGACUACACAGUUGUUUGCCAGAUUCUAGUAACCGUUGAGAGAGAACGCAAGGGUAUCGCUUAACACUGUGAUUAUAGUUAUAACGAAGCGGCGCGAAAGUUAUCACGUAAGAUUUCACGUAAAGUUCUUAUUAAAUUUUUUAAGAAGCAAAUAAUGGAUACAUUAUGCCUCUGUCUAUUGUUGUUACAACUGUGUACGUUAACUUCGUCCCAAGUGUCGGGCCUAGAUUCGCCAUUUUUCCUGAAUAUUUAUCACCAACUUCGUAAUUCGGUGGCUGAAACUGUCGGCAAAGAUCUGAUACGGACAUAUACAGGACCCUCGGGAAAAGUUCAGCAAGAAAUACCUAUAAAUGUUCCUUUCCCUUGCAACGUGACAGGCGGCCGAUCGGCCGAAGUUCCUGACUCGAUCCAUCGUCUGAGACCGGGCGACAUAGACGUUGUCGCCGCGAUGGGCGAUUCUUUGACUGCCGGCAGUGGAGCGUUUGCGAUUAACUUCUUUCAGACCCUGAUUGAAAAUAGAGGCGUGGCAGGGAACAUUGGCGGUGAAGCAACGUGGCGAAAAUAUCUGACACUACCUAACAUUCUCAAAGAAUUUAAUCCCAAGUUAACUGGGUAUGCAUACGGAGAUUCUUACAUUAAUGAUCCAAAAUCGGGACUGAACGUAGCAACCAUAGCUGCCAUCUCUAAUGACAUGCCUUUCAUGGCCAACUAUUUGAUCAAUAAAAUGAAGAAUGACACAAAGGUUGAUUUAAAACAUCAUUGGAAGUUGAUCACGUUGUUUAUUGGAAACAACGAUAUUUGUAGCGUAAUGUGCUCGCUACCUUCCCCGCGGUCUAUUGUAGAAAUGCAUAAAAAAAAUCUAAUUAAGACUCUCAGGAUAUUAAGAAACAAUUUACCGCGGACCUUCGUUGCCAUUCAAUCGAUGCCUCAUCUAGAAAUAGUGAAUGAGAUAGAAGAAGGAAGAUUAUCACUUUUGAUAUACCUAAUCAAAAAUGUUUACUGCUCGUGCCUGUUUGGUGAGCAGUACAAGGAUCAAAGACCAGAAUUCUAUGAUAUGAUCGGCAGAUGGCACAAAGCAGAAGAAGAAAUCGCCGAAUAUCCAGAGUUUCAUAAAAAUGAUUUCACAGUGGUUGUCUUACCCACUGCGAGGAAUUUGGACAUACCUCGUGACGCCGACGGAUUUAUGGAUUUAUCAUAUCUAUCCGCCGAUCAUUUUCACGCAAGCCAGAAAUCUCACGCGCUAUUUGGAAACGGCCUUUGGAACAAUUUACUAGAACCAAUCGGUAAUAAAACAGAUCAUUUUAUUCCAUUGUUCAAGAAAUUCUUGUGCCCUACCGCGGACAGGCCGUUUUUGGUAACACGUGAGAAUUCACGGUUGAGAAAUAAACCUGGAGGAUAGAUAAUGACAACUAGUAUGAAUCAUGAACGUACCUUCCGUUUAUUGAUCUAAUUAUGAUAUUUCUUGACGGACAGUGAAAUUAUUAGGUAACACUUGAUUGCAUCCUGUCAUUUGAAGUACGAAAUUAUUGAAACUACUAAUGAUUUAUUUUUACAUUUAUUAUAUGAUUAUAUUUAUAUCGUAAUUAUU